CCUCAUCACCGGAGCAUCACAUCAGACCGCCGGUGGGCGAGUCCGGGUGUGUCUGUCUGCCUGCGAAAGCGUCUAGAAAGCUCGCAAAUAACACCGAGAGGGGAGGGAAAUAAAAUGCUGGGUUCUCGAAAGCUGUCACAUCUUCAUCACUAGACACUUGUUGUUUCUUUUAUUUUUAUUUUUUUGUUUUGCUUUGCUUUUGGAGGAGGACAGAAGCAUGAAGAAGCAUCUCAGCCCCGCGAAGGUACCACUGGAAGUCACAAUACCAGACACCGAGGCGACUGUACAACAACUCAACAAGCUGCUGUCCAACGGCAGCGGUUUUUAUAGCCUCCCAGCACAACAUUUCAACGAGGUCUUUCCCAGGAUUUACAUCGGCAAUGCGUUUGUGGCACAGAACGUGAUGCGUCUGCAGCGUGCGGGUGUGACACACAUACUGAAUGUCGCAGAGGGAAACUCUUUUAUGCAUGUGAACACCAAUGCAGAGUUCUACACAGGAACUGGGAUCAUGUACCACGGCAUACAGGCCAAUGACACUAAGCAGUUCAACAUCAGUGCCUUCUUUGAGGAAGCGGCAGAAUUCAUUGAUAAGGCUCUGGCACAUGGAAAAGGAAAGGUGUAUGUUCACUGCCGGGAGGGCUACAGCCGUUCGCCCACCAUCGUCAUCGCUUACCUCAUGCUCCGUCACAAUAUGGAUGUACGAGUUGCCACAGCUACAGUAAGACACAAGAGAGAAAUUGGCCCGAAUGAUGGAUUCCUGUGCCAGCUAUGCCAACUCAACGAAAAGCUGGCAAAGGAGGGCAAGUUGAAAACCAAAUGAUAGAAUAUGCUCUACCCCCACAUAUACUCACAAAUCCAGGCUCACACAGUCAGACUAGUGUGCAAAAUAUUUCCUUUCCUAGUAUAUUAACCGAAUGUAUUCAUACAUCCAGAGCAUAUGCAUGGAGGUAUACAAAGUGUAUUCAAACACAUACACACACACUCUCACAUACACAGUCACCUGAGGUGUUGUCAGUAUCCUGAAUAAUUACUCCUGCUUCCAGCUGGCUGGUAAAGGGAAAUUUACUGAAU